CAUCGACUUCCUUUUAUACUCUGUGCUGUGGGAACAGCGACACCCACUGGAGCCUCCCGUUACAUCACUAACUUUUCUCUAUGAAAAGUCUUGGAAAAAUUGUCAUUUGACAAUGGUCACUGAGGUUAUUAAAGACAUUCUCAGAGCUUUUGUGUUAAUAGCAAAACAUUACUUUUAUUACAACAUGAAGUAAAAUAAAUACCUGAUAACAAUCUUUAAGGUCUAAGUGAUAAGAAAGACUCCCAACAGUAACACUAAUAGAUUGUUAUCUUGAAAGGAUAAAGAAAAACUCUUACCUUUCGUGCCUCCUCUGUCACAGACUACUGAUCUUUCUUUCGCCCUUUUAGUUAAUGACACAUCUCUGGGGGAAAGCUACAGGCUGACGUCACUUUCUGUACAGAGAUCCAGGAAACCAGGGCUUUGUGUGUUUGUAGUUGUGCCUCUGUGCUUUAAUGUAUUUUGGAGGGAACAAGAACAAAUUAUUCCACUCAAUGAAUUUUAAAACAAAUGUGUGUAAUGUUUUGAGAUGUGGAUUUUGUUAUGAUGGUUGAUGACAAUAAUCUUUUGUUUUUCACUUGCUAAAGAAUGUUUAGUUGUUUUAUUUUUACUAGAUUUGGAAAAAAUACCCAGGUUCAGCCAAAAUAGAGAACAUGCAUAUUUUCAUGUGAAGACUGAUUUUGAUAUGUCAGACAAUUUUUCUUGUUCUUCUUCUUCUUCUUCUUUGUGGCUUUUUAUGUUUUCAUAGAAAAAUAUUUGACACCGAAACAGACCCCAGAAAUCCUACAUUUAAAAAAAAAAAAAAGUAGUUCCCUGACCGGGAAUCGAACCCGGGCCGCGGCGGUGAGAGCGCCGAAUCCUAACCACUAGACCACCAGGGACGCUGCAUGUGCGGACGAGAGUUUUAUUUUUAUAAUAGACUAGGCGGGACUAUAGUUUUGUCACUGGGGGGCGACAUCACGUCAUGCUCAUCCAAUCUACAUUAUUGUUUGUAUUGUUAGAAAUUGCAGGUGGAAGCGCUCGAAUUACUUGUUUAUAUGAUUAAUUUUCUAAUGUGACCACCAGGUUUCUUUUAAGAAAAGCCUUAGCGGCAGGUCUGUCCGGUCGCCUGCACUACAAAGCUCCGAAAAACGUGGUUUCGAUUUCACUGCUGGACCAGGAGUAAGAAACUCAUCUACUCAUUCACGAAAAAGGAAAAAAUAUCAAGGAAUUUAAAGCAUGUCGGCUAAAGACACUUUAAGGAGUAAUAAAACAGCUAUUCUGUCGACUUUGUGCGUGGAUCAGAGGCUCAUUCUCAAUAAAGUCCACGAGAAGAACCUCAUCACUUCUCGAGAGUACAACAACCUCAAAAGCAUCAACAAGGAAGACGUGGAAGGACACGUGGUUGAGCUUCUGGAUAAGAUUCUGAAUAAAGGAGAAACAACCUGUCAACAUUUUCUCAACAUCUUGCAAACAGAUGAGGACAUAAAAGCUACUUUUCCAGAACUGAAACUCCAGCAGCCAAAAGAAAUCUCUUUUCCCGAGUCCAUCCAAGAAGUAUCGUCUAAUGAUGAAUAUGUGCUGCAUGACAACAAGAGGCAGAAAAGGGAGGAGCUCUAUCAGCUGAAUACUCGUCCUGUCGGCCUCUGCUUGAUCAUAAAUAACGAGAGCUUCUGUGACGGCUCAAUGAGAAGAGGCACAGAGAAAGAUGCUGAAAGCCUGGCGCAGGUGUUUUCAUGGUUGGGGUUCAGAGUGCUGAUGUGCAAAGAUCAAACCAGGGAUCAGAUGAAUAGGACCCUGGAAUGUUUGGCCCUACCGACCAACUCGACUGACCUGCUGGAGUUCCAGGUUCAGGAGUGGUCUGGGUGCAGUUUCGUCACCCCUCAACAAGUGCUUCAGCACGGCGAUGCAUUCGUUUGCUGCAUCCUGAGUCAUGGAAAAAAGGGAGUGGUUUUGGGGACCGACCUCAUCCCCCUUCCUAUUAAGCACAUCACCCAAACCUUCAAGGCGUCUGAGCAGUCAGCUCUCUCAGGGAAGCCCAAAGUGUUCCUGAUACAAGCCUGCCAGGGAGGGCAGAAACACAAAGGGGUGGCACUGAAAGAUGUUGAGGCGGACAAUUGCGGUACACAAACCAUCCCAGAGGAAGCAGAUAUUCUGGUUGCCGUAGCUACUGUUGAAGAUUACGCGGCUUUUAGGCACAUUUCUGAUGGCAGCUGGUUCGUCCAGUCUCUGUGUCAGCAGCUAAAGGAGCGUUGCCCCAAAGGAGAGGACAUCACUGCCAUCCUCCACCAUGUGAAUGAUGAUGUUGGUCUGAAGGAGGGCUCCCGCAUGCCCGGCGCCAUGAAGCAGAUACCUGAAGUGAGGUUCACCCUGAGGAAGAGACUCGUGCUGACACCAUAUUAAUGGGAAUUCAUCCACUCCUAAAAAUACUGUAAUAUUUUGUAAUAAUUUUUCUCUUUUAAAUUCUUUAUUUACAUUUUAUGAAGGGGUUUUUACACAGUCACAAAUGCAUCUUAAUAAAUAAAGUUGAACACAUGGUUAAACCUGUUUUCUUUCCUUUAAUGUUAUCAGAAACUGGUGAUUAUGGAGGAUGUUAAAGAGCUGGAGACCACUGACAGGAUUUUAAAAACAAAACACAACAAAAAUCUAUGCCUACCUUGUAAAAUUAAGCAAGAGAAAAAUGUGUUAAUUUAUAACCUAAUACAUUAUCUUAAUUAAACCUGUCAUGAAAAAGGAAAAUAGAAAAGCUGAAAGCAAUAUAUGAAAACUGAAAGAAAAUAUUUAUAAUUACAGAAUAAUUAUUAUUACAGAAUUCAGUCUCAGAUAUAACAUUAAAUUAGUGAGAUGUAUGUUUUAAUAAAAAUCAUCAUAGUCGAAAAAAAUCUCUUGGGAAAAAAAAUGCAGGCAGACAAAAAAAAAUUCAAGUAAAAGAGCAUUUCCUCAGGAACUAGUUGCAGCUGCGCAUUAAUAUCGAGCGGUUACAGGGUCCUUGCGUGGCGUUGUUGUCAUGACAACUCGGCACGCUGCAGGUGCGUGUUUAUUUCCUCUAUCCAAAACAGAAAAAGAACCAAAAAAAAAAA